AUGAGCGGCUGGUCGCUGGCCGCUCACCCCUCGCAUCGUAGCAGCAGCUUCAGAGAAGACGCCCCGCGUCCACCGGUGCCAGGAGAAGAAUGGCAGACGCCAUGCCAGCUUCCUCCAAGAAGCCAAGGAACAAAGUCCACGGCCCUCACGGCCAACCCUAAGAGGAACGAGGAUGGUCUGGGGGAACCCGAGGGCAGCGCCUCCCCCGACUCGCCUCUCGUCAGAUGGACCAAGUCGCUGCACUGCCUGCUGGCCGACCAGGACGGGGCUCACCUGUUUAGGACCUUCCUGGACAGAGAGAGGUGCGUGGACACCUUAGACUUCUGGUUCGCGUGCAACGGGUUCAGGCAGAUGGAUAUAACGGACGCCAAGACCCUCCGAGUGGCCAAAGCUAUCCACAAGAGGUACGUCGACCACCACAGCGUGGUGUCCAAGCAGCUGAAGCCCCCAACCAAAGUCUACUUACGGGAUUCCAUUAGGAGGCAGCAGAUAGAGUCCUCCAUGUUUGACCGGGCUCAGUCCGAGAUCCAGGCGCUCCUGGAGGACAGCGCCUACCACGUGUUCCUGGCCUCGGAUAUAUACCUCGAAUACGUGCGGACAGGGGGGGAAAACCUGGCGUAUCUGAGCCGUUCCGGGGCAGGGAACUUAAAGGUGGUCAGCGGAUAUCUCCCAACCUUGAAUGAAGAAGAGGAGUGGAACCGCGUGGACUUAAAACACAAGAACGUGGCCUCGGUGCUGGGUCUGGCCGCGAUUUCCCGGAAGGCCUCGGCGAGUUGGAGGGCCGCGGAGACCGUGGACGGUGGAUGCAGGGUGUAUAAAAAGAGCGACCCCGCCAGCCCCUACCACGUGACCUCUGGAUACGCGUUUGCGCCGGCGACCAGCGCCAAUGAAAGUGAAGUGUCCAGCGAUGCCAUGACGGACGAUUCCGUGUCCGUGACUGAGAGUAGCGUGGACGGGAUUCCUCCAUACAGAACGGGCAGCAAAAAGCAGCUGCAGCGCGAAAUGCAACGGAGCAUCAAGGCCAACGGGCAGGUGUCCCUCCCUCACUUCCCAAGGACGUUCCGGCUGCCCAGGGAGAUGACCCCCGUGGAACCGGCGGCGUUUGCGGCAGAGCUCAUCGGCAGGCUGGAGAAGGUGAAGCGGGAGCAGGACGCGCUGCGCAGCCUGGAGGCCAGACUUCAGCUGAUCAAAGAGGAAGAAGAAAAGGAAGAAUUGGAGACCCCAACGAGCUGCCAGCCCGGCCGCGAGACCUCCGUCCUUCCACGUAAGCCGCUUCUCGUGGUGCCUUCAGGCUCCUGCGAAGACGAUCCUCAGGCCAUUCUAGACAACCACUUAUCGAGGGUCCUGCAGACCCCUGGCUGCCAGUCUCCCGGAAUGGGCAAACAAACCCCCUGCGCCCGAUCUCCAGACCUGCCGCGGCCACAGAGACCUAGCCUACCACCAGUGGCCACCGUUAACCCCUGCGCCAAGCUUUCCAAGGACUUCAUCACCAAGCAGACCACCAAACAUAUUCACCACCACUAUAUCCACCAUCACCACUCCCUGAGCAGGGCCACGGAGGAGAUAGAGGAGGAAGCCGCUCGCCGAGUCCAGUGCUAUUGCGACGGGUCCGUGGGGUAUUGCUGCAAAUCCCGGUCGCAUUCUCUCUGGCACAUGGAGAGUACCAGCAGCAGAGCCGGCUCCUUAUCCAGGAGAAGCUGCAAGAUGGCGGCAGAGUGUCCCGGCGACCUGGGGGCCACGUCUGUUAUUUACCAUCUGGCAGGCGAGGACCCCCCGCACACGAGCUGGCAGCAGAUUGUGGAGCGUGAGAGCGAGCGGCAGAGCCGGCACAGACAGCACAGCAAGAAAGCCGUCGGCUGCGAACAGAACCGAGCGGCGUCCGUGGAGCGCCCAACGCGCCAUCACCAGUGGGGGGCCGUUAACGGCCAGCCCAGGAACAUGCAGCUCUCACACCCCGCUGACCCCCCUUCUGCCACCUCUCCCAGCACCCUGGCCCAGCUGGAGGAAGCGUGCCGGAGGCUCACCGAGGCUUCCAAACACCCCAAGCCACGAUGUCCUGCGCAGGCGCGGAGCCACUCGGUGCCAUGCCAGCCCGGAUCCGGUUUCCUCACCCCAACCGGCCCAGUGUCCGAAGAUCCUAAAGAAGCCCAGAAGUUUCCGCCGGCCGGCGGCGAGCUGAUGGUGACGUAUUUCUACUGCGGAGAGGAGAUUCCGUACCGGCGGACGCUGAAAUCGCACAGCCUGACGCUGGGGAACUUCAAAGAGCAGCUGAGCAAGAAAGGAAAGUAUAGAUAUUACUUUAAGAAAGCCAGCCGCGAGUUUGAAUGCGGCGCGGUAUUCGAGGAGAUCCAGGAGGAUGACGCGAUCCUCCCCACGUACGAGGGACGGGUGCUCGGGAAAGUGGAGCGAAUCGACUGAAAGGUGGACAUUGCUGCCAGCGAGAGCGCUCUGUCAGGACACGGACCCCCGGGAUCCCAUGUCUGCGAAGAACCUGCGGUCUGUGGCCCCCGGGGCGCGGAGUGGCCCUCCAAACCCCGUGCAGGAGGAGAGAGUCUGAUAACCGAGGUCGCCAGGAGAAACGCGUGGGGGAGACUCCU